UGGAGCUUGCGCUCCCGGGCUGGGGGCUCGGCUCGGCGGCGCGACACCCCGGGAUGGGGGCUCCGCGCUGGGCGCGGCUCUGCCUCCUGCUCGUGGCGGCGGUAACGCUCUGGGUGCUCCUGUGUGGGCACGACCGAGACACGCAGGCUUCUCCGAAGCCCAGCCUGCUGCAGCACGAGUUGCUACCGUUGGUGCCUGGAGGGAUGUCCAGAAAUGCCGGGAGCCAUGGCCUGAGCAGAGAAAGCAGCAUGGACAGAGGGAAGCCAUCUAAAUAUUCUUCUGAGCCUGGCAAGGCUAAACCCACCAAGGAACAGGAGAGCUCGUGCCCCCAGUCACUGAUGUCAAUAGUGAAGGCGGACCCCAGGUUCAGGAAGCUCUUUAGAUUCCACGUCCCAGUGCUGAUGUGGGCACGGCACUUCACCAAGGAGACGCGGGACAGGCUGAAGGAGCGCAGCGUCCCGUAUGGCUGGCAGGGCUUGUCCGACACAGCCAUUGCCUCCACCUUGCAUCUGCUCAAUGACUCUGCCAACAGCUGGCUGUUUGACAAAACCAGGUUCCCUGAAGGCUGCGUCCGCUGUGCCGUGGUCGGGAACGGAGGGAUUCUCAAUGGAUCCCGGCAAGGCAUGGAGAUAGAUGCCCAUGACUUUGUUUUCAGGCUAAAUGGGGCAGUGAUCAAAGGCUUUGAAGAUGACGUCGGGACCAAGACGUCGUUCUAUGGUUUCACGGUGAACACAAUGAAGAAUUCUCUGAUCGCCUACAGAGAGUACGGCUUCACCCAGAUACCCCAGUCCAAGGACCUACGGUAUAUUUUCAUCCCCUCGGACAUACGCGAUUACAUCAUGCUGAAGUCAGCCAUACUGGGCAGCCGUGUCCAAGAGGGUUAUGACAAAGGUGAUGACCCACGGACGUAUUUUGGACCAGAGGCAUCUGCAAAAAAGUUCAAGCUGCUGCACUCAGAUUUCAUACAUUAUCUAACAGUGAGAUUUCUGAGAUCUGAAAUAAUAAAUACUCAAUAUGGGUAUCUCUACAUGCCCAGUACCGGUGCCCUCAUGCUACUGACAGCCCUACAUACCUGUGACCAGGUCAGUGCCUAUGGAUUUAUCACGGACAAUUACCGAAAGUUUUCAGACCACUAUUACGAGCGGAAGAAGAAGCCUCUUGUGUUCUAUGCCAACCAUGACAUGCUGCUGGAGGCGGAGCUGUGGAAGAGCCUGCACAGGGCAGGCAUCAUGAAGCUGUAUCAGCGGUGAGGCUAGGUGGCAUGUCCCUUGGACUCCUGCUGUAACAAGUCAUCCUUCUCUUCCCCAAGGGCUCCCUUUUCCGUGGCGGAGGCCAUCUAGAAUUCAUGGGCAACCGUGGCAAACUGAGAGCUCACCCAAAGCCAGCCUUACAAGCUGGAGAUUACAUGAAUUGCAAGGCUGCCUUCUGCGAGCCAGGGGUGCUGCCUGGAGGAUUCUGUUCAGAUGUUGCUGAGAUGGCAAAGCAAGUGUGGAGAGGUCUCUCUCCAGGGAACCUUCUGAUUGGCUUGAGACAACAGACCCUGCCUUUGUCCCAGAAAUGCCCGGGUUCCUUCCAUCAGAUACUGACACCGGGAAAUGAAAAGGGAAUUUCAGAAGCAAUAAGCCUGAAUGUUCGAUGCACAUCUCCCAAAGGGGCAUGAUGGCCCUAAGAGAAGAUACUUGCUCACCAGCACAUUCAUGUUUCCCAUCGCCUUCCUUUGAGUAUUACAUGCUGAGCACAGAGCUUGGAUGUGGAAAAUACCCAGCCUGCUGUUUCUCACCUUUAUCAUGCACAAGGGUCUGCCAUAACCCUGAGGAGCCUAAUUUGUUGUGUUCAAAAUCUUCAUGGUGGGACAUAUCACAGCCACUAUCCUAUAGCUGAGGAGACCUGGAUGGAGCUUGUGGACAUUGCUCCUCAAUAGACUGGGUGGGUAGGUGAAGAGCAUUGUGGCUGGGCAGCCUAAGGCCCCUGAGCCACCACAUGCACAUACACUCCACUUUCCAGACAGAUCUCCCCUCACUAGCAACAUACUGCAGAGGCUGCCUGCACUCUCCAGCCACACUCCUGGGGCUUUCGCUCCACAUUAUGUCAACAGAGGGUCACAUUGACACAUGAGGGUGGGGUUGUCACAGCUUAAUUAGCCCCUCCCUGCAGUAAAUUGGGGCAAGUGGACCUGAUCAAAUGGAAGGAGUUGGGUGAGACUCCAUGCAUUAUUUUGCAUUGCAAACCUCAGGGGCCUGUGUAUACUCAGAGGAAGGCCUCCAGUUCUUGUGCAGAUGUAUGGAACCCACCCCUCCAUUACUUAAACUAAAUCCUCAUCAAAGCUAAAUAAAAAACCCAUCUAGCCAGCAGUAAGGAGGGAAUAUUUUUUAACCUGAAGCUACAUUUUGUAAGUUAAUUACAUGUAACUAGGAAGAGUAGAUCAACAGGUUGGUUUUGUUCUACAGGGAGGUUGUAAUGACUAGUGAUGGAUGGAUGCUAAAGCACAAUGCAGGAGUGUAAUUUGAAACACUUUCCCACUUUGUAUAAUUAUAUAAAUGUUGAAUGAUCUUAUGUUUUGGCUUGUGGUGGAGAAUGGGGGUAGAAUAUGACUGGCAGAGGCUAGCACUGAAAGCAGAGCAACAAUAUAAUGUGUGUCUGGCCAUCAGAGGAUUGCAGGGGUUAGACUGGGGGAAGAGGUUGGUACUGCUGCAGUGUAUUUCUACACAGGAGGGGAGGGUGAACAGUUCUGAACUCCAUGAGCAACAAGUGCUGGUAAAGGCUGAUGAAAGUGACCCUAGUGCACAUACAGGCAGGGGCUCCAGCACGCUCUUGCUUUGCUCUGAGCCCAAGAAUUAACAUUU